UCGAGAAAGGGUUGGGGGUCGGGCAAUCCACGGAAAUGGAACCGAGGGACAGUUGUGAAGACAGCGGAACCCUAGAGGACGAAGGUCCGCCAGCUAGACGAACCGAACACUGGCCCAACUCGGGAGGGAUGACGCUCGAAGACAUGGGCUACAGCACGAGGGCAUAUUACAAUUCGGCGACGGAGAGCCUCGACAUCACAAACAACAACAAACCUCCGCAUGCCGUCGGACAGGCAAUACAGCAUGUACAGGAGGAUAUGUGGAGAUACGAAAAUAUGGAGCAGCAAGUUUGGGAUCAAGCAGAAUUACAUCACAAAAAUACAAAUUCAACAUCAAGUAGAACACAAGAUCACGAAGUCUCGAGACCUAGCGGAUCCGGUACGAAGAGGGCGAGGACCGCAUACACCAGUGCCCAGCUGGUCGAAUUAGAAAAGGAAUUUCACUUUAAUAGGUACCUUUGCAGGCCCAGAAGGAUUGAAAUGGCAGCCCUUCUAAGACUUACAGAAAGGCAAAUUAAAAUCUGGUUUCAAAAUAGAAGAAUGAAAUACAAGAAAGAUCAAAGGGCAAAAGGAAUCACAGGCCAAUCCGAGAUAUCAUCGACAGGAGUAGAACCGAAUCGAGAAUCUGGGAUCAGCCCUCCACUUUCUACUUGUUCCUACGAAGCCUCUUCCCCAACUGGAGGCGGAGGAAGUGCAGUGGUCGUCCAGCCUCCGACGGCCGGCUAUCCGCAGCAGCAUCAGCAGUACCACCAGUCAGCUCAGCACGUUCCGCUCCAAACGCCCCAGCCGAAUAUGCAGCCCCACUGGGCCUGGGACUACUACCAGCCGCCGCCGCAGCACAACCCGCAGUUCGAUGUUGAUCUAUUCCACUGUCUUCAGGAACAGCAAGCUCGCCCGAACGCCUUAACGGAAGAAUGGAGACCUGACGAUUUCAUCAGCACGGCUUACAUUAAACAAGAGCCGCAUGAGAACUUUUACUGGCAACAGCAACAGCAGCCUGCUGAAAAUAUUCCGCCCGUACUCGACUACCAGCAGAAACAGUCCCCAGAACAAUUCACCCAACUCUAAAUACGCUUUGUUAAACUAUUUUUUUAAUACGUUUGUAAAUAAACCUCUGUAUAUAUUUUAUAAGUCGU